CGAUAGCGCACCGUUAUCAGUUUGCAGUCAUUAUAGUGCAGGUGUCCUCAAGGUUAAGUACUCUGGACGGUGGGAAGCUGCGGAGGACGAAACCGCAAAAUGGACUCUCAAGCGUUGCGCACGUUGCAAAAGAAAAGAACGACCAACUUUCGCGAAGACGAGACUAAAUUACUAAUACAGCUGUGGGGCAGCCCCCAAAUCCAAAACAAACUGUACCUCACCCACCGAAAAGCCCCCGUCAUGCGACUGUUGGCCGCCAAUAUGCAACAUCGCGGAUUUUACAGAACCCCCGACGAAAUUAAGACAAGGAUCAGGAACCUGAAAUGCUUGUAUCACAGGAUUAAGAGGUCGAUGCAGACAGGCACCGGCAUCGGCACCGUGGAUCCCGACUGGCCCCACUUCAAAGCCAUGGACGAGAUCCUCAGCAAGAAGAACCAGAACAAGACCCAGAACUUGUACAAGGACAACAUCUUCGAGGGACCCAGGUGCGAGGACAUCAAGCAGGAGGUCAUAGAUGAGAUCGACAUCAACGAUGAUAUGGAGUCGUUCACCACCAACAGCAUGAAUGGAUCCGACACCGAGUUCGACGAGGAAGCCCACCGAAUGCCCUCCCUGACCCCGAGUCUGCACGUCAUCGACACCAAGGAGAAGGACGAACAGGAGCCCGUGAAGAUAGCGCCCAAACCGCCGGCAUUGCCCCAGCCCAAAGUCCUCCACAACAACUUACAGAUCCCCCUUCAAGGAGUCAGGCACGCCAAUGGGUCAACACCUACCAUUCCUUUCCCCCUGCUAAUUCUAAACGGGCUGCCAAACGCCGCCGCCGUCAGCAGCGUGCAGAACGGUCAAAAUCCCCUCAAGAAAGACGCCCUGGGGGGCGGUGGAGGCUUAGGACUCAACCAGCAAGAUGUCUCGGGCAUCCUAAAGAGUCUACUGGACGUCCAAAAAGAAAACCUAGAAAUCGAGAAGCAGAGGCUGGAACUGGAAAAGCAGAAACUGGAGUUUGAGAGGCUGGUGGGAACGCAGCUGUUGACGCUGCUGCCAAUGUUCGGCGGUCUACUGCAAAGGCUCGCCUUUCCCAACCACGCCGAAGGGCAUUCCAGUGACACCGACACUCCUUCCAAGAAGAACGGUAAGAAGAGGCCGUGCCCGGACAGUGGCUUCGACAUUUUAAAGGACAGUAAAAUUUUAAGGAACGUGCUAGAACAGGGUAUCAAGAAAUACAUGUUGGGGGAGAGCGGCAACGACAGUGGUAAAGAGGACAGGGGUGUGAACGAAGACAGUAAUUCGAGUAGCAAAUAAGGUCUUUUUGAUUUGUGAUGUGGAGGUUGUGUUUUACUUUUUGCAUUCCGCUUCGAGUUUUAGAAAUGUGAUGUUUA